UUUAGAGGAGGUUUCCCUUCAUGUAGCUAUUGGUGGCCGCCCUUCUUCCAAGGGCUGGCCUUGUCUGCCCCCCUUCCGCUGCUGUGUCCGAGGGCACCGUCUAGCCAGGGGACACUAGCACAGCAGCACUGGUUGGUUUGUUUCAGUGGGUGUCUGGGAGCAGCUAGGAAGGAAUGGAGAGGCUGGGGGGAGCUGUGCCAGCAGCUAGGUUCUCUCAUCUGCCCCUCUAGAUGCAGCUAAGGGAAAGGCAGCCUGAUUUCUCUGCCUGGAGUUGUUCUUGCCCUAGGAGUAGGGAGAGCUGGAGCAAUUCUCAGUUCUUUGGAGGGGGGGGCAGGCAAAUUGGAGAGAGAGCAUUUUCCCAGGAAGGAAUCCCACAAAGGUUUGGGCAGGAGCAGAGGGAUUGCCUGUGCAUUGGACGGCGCCCAGGCCAUGCACCGCACAGCAGGUCUCCUCCUGGGGCUUUGGCUGCUUUUGGCCCCUGGCCUUGGAGAGCCCAUCCCCCAUUCUGGAGGGGUCACCUUGGCCUUUGUCUUUGAUGUCACUGGCUCCAUGCACGACGACCUGGUGCAGGUGAUAGAUGGAGCAUCCCGGAUCUUGGAGAGGACACUCAGCAGGAGCACAAAAGCCAUUAGCAACUAUGCGCUUAUCCCCUUUCAUGACCCAGUGGUUGGACCGGCGAUCCUCACGGCAGAUCCUGAGGCUUUCCAGCGAGAGCUCCGCAGUCUCUAUGUUCAGGGUGGAGGGGACUGCCCGGAGAUGAGUGUUGGAGCCAUCCAGCUGGCUGUGGAGGUCUCGCACCCGGGAUCCUUUAUCUACGUCUUCUCGGACGCUCGGGCCAAAGACUACAAGCGCAAGGAGGAGUUGCUGCAGCUCCUGCAGCACAAACAGUCCCAGGUGGUGUUCGUGCUAACGGGAGAUUGCGGGGACAGAAGCCACCCUGGGUACCGAGUGUAUGAAGAAAUUGCUGCUACCAGCUCUGGGCAGAUAUUCCAUUUGGAUAAACACCAGGUGAAGGAGGUGCUGAAAUGGGUGGAAGAGGCUAUCCAGGCCUCCAAAGUCCACCUGCUGUCCACAGACCACGAACGGGGGGGAGAGCACACCUGGCGGGUGCCCUUUGACCCCAGCCUGAAAGAAGUCACCAUUUCCGUGAGCGGCCCUGCUCCGGAGAUCGAAGUCAGGGAUCCGGCAGGCAAGAUCCUUCAGAAGGGCUGGGGCCUGGAAGAACACCUGGACAUCCCGAACUCCGCCAAGGUGGUGACGGUCAAACCCCGCCAGCCAGGAGUGUGGUCAGUCAAGAUCCAGAGCAGCGGCCGCCACUCGGUGAGAAUCACUGGUGUCAGCACCAUCGAUUUCCGAGCCAGCUUUUCCUCCCAGCCUACGUUCAACCUAAGCCAUCCCAGGGAACGGCCAGUGCAUGGGCUUCCUACUUCUGUCCUGAUUAACUGCACUGGCUUGGAGUCCCCAGGACACCUGAAGGAUGUGGAGCUGUAUAAUAGCUCUGGCCAGCCUGUCAUCUCCUUGCCAAUGCGGCGUUUCUCCAAUGGCUCCUCCAAUCAGCUCUGGGUGGGACCCCAAUUCCAGGCACCCACAGAAAGCUUCUUGUUGAAAGUGACAGGGGAAGACCCAGAUGGGCACCCAUUGCAGCGUGUGUCUGGAGUCGCCUACACCAGUGUGGUCCCAGGUGAGUGAUUGUUUUGUAUGGUCCCAGCUGGAUGAGGUUUGGAGCUGUUGGUCACGUGCUCUGCCAAGAGUGAGAUCCCCUUCCGACUGAAGCUGAGCCGGGGAGGGGAGAUGCUUGGAAAGGAUCAACUUUUCAUGGAUUCUGGGACCAGCAGCUGGGAGAUCCCUGUGGUUUCCGGAAGCGAUGAAGGUUUUUAUGAGUGCACGGCUGUUAGCAAAGCCGGGGCGGCGCGAGCUCGUGGCUAUCUCUCUGUCACAGAGCCGCCUCCGUACCUGGUGCCCUCCGGGAACAUCACAGCAUUGCCGGGAGAAGGAGUGGUCAUGUCUUGCCUGGUUUCAGGAGACCUUGCUUAUAAUCUGACUUGGAGCCGUGAUGGGAAGGUGCUGCAGCCAAACGAGGGAUGGGUGAGGAUCCUGCAGAACCUCUCGCUAGAGAUUGUCAGCGUCCAAUUGGGUGAUGGUGGUCAGUACGAAUGCACUGCCAAUAACGGCCAUGGGACAGCUAAUGCUUCCAUCUGGCUCUUUGUUCAGGAGGCCCCUCGGGUGAGGGUUGCCCCAAGCUCACAGUCGUUCUCCAGGGGUGGAGAGGUGAGGCUGAACUGCACUGCGAAGGGCCACCCUGCGCCCCGAAUCUCCUGGAAACGAUGGGACCGGGCCCUGGAAAAGGACGGCAGGUUUCUCAUAGAUGCUCAAGGCACUCUGAUUAUUAAAGAGGCGGUUCCUGAGGAUGCUGGGAAUUACAGCUGCUUUGCUGCCAGUCCGAUUGGAUGGGACGAGAAGACAGUAAUGUUAGAGUACACAGAAUCUCCCCACAUCGCUGCGGUGACCCCUGUGGUGCAGGCUCGGCUGGGAGAAGAUGCAGUGCUGGAGUGCCACAUUUCUGGAGUACCCCUUCCCCAGAUCACAUGGUAUAAAGGGGAACAGGAAGUGGCAACUUCUCCGCCCGGUGCUCAUCGCGCGAUCCUGCAGCUCCAGGCAGUGCAAGCCGAGGAUUCAGGAGAGUACAUCUGCAAGGCUGUCAGUGAGGCGGGGGUCUCCUUUGAUGGCAUCCAGCUGGAAGUUGGCUCUGCCCCUGCGUUUUCAGAACGCCCGCAGGAUGUGUCUGUUGCGGUGGGGAAGCCUCCUCCGCUGGUUUCGUGGUCCAGACGAGACGGCCAACCAGUCACUGUCCAGUCUGGUCUGUUGAGGAGUUCCAGUCAUAUGGCAUCUGAUGAACUCUUCAUGGAAAGUGUGUCACUGGAUGACCAGGCCGUCUAUGUCUGCGAAGCACAGAAUGUAUUUGGGAAGAUCCAGGCUGAGGUCAAGCUCAUGGUCACCGGACAUGUUGCCCCAGAGAUAGCUAUCGGGGCCCCCGUGAUCCAUGCCCGGGAGGGUCAGCUCGUCUCACUGCCAUGUGUAAUCCUGGCUGGGAAACCUCUUCCAGACCGACACUGGCUGAAGGAUGGGCAGCCGGUCAUACCAAGCAGUCGCCAUUCUGUACGCGCAGACGGAAGUUUCCAUAUAGACCCGGCAUUCCAGGAGGAUGCUGGGAAAUACACCUGUGUGGUCACCAACACUGUUGGCUUUCACCGUCAAAACGUGACUCUCGUCAUCCACGUUCCACCCAGCAUUCAGCCAAGCCCUGCGCUCUACACCACCGACGAGGGGGUGGCUGUAGCCCUGCCUUGUAAUGCCAGUGGAGUUCCUGCCCCCACCAUUGUCUGGACAAAGGAAGGGGAGCCCCUUUCCUCCCGGAGCCCCCACUACCACAUCUCCAGUGACGGGAGCCUCCUGAUCCCCCUGCCCUCUGCUGGAGAGUCGGGUGUCUACGUCUGCACGGCCACCAACCUGGGGGGCUCUGCCCACCAGGAACUCCAGCUCUCUGUCAACACUAAGCCCAGGAUUAGCAGCAACAGAUCGCAUGAGUCAACGGGACCAAUAAGGAUUUCAGCCGUGGUUGGGCAGGAAAUGACACUGCCCUGUGUCGUUCAAGGGUACCCAUCACCGCUGGUCGUAUGGACACAGGAAUCUCGGGCACUGCCUCUUACCACAGGAAGGUACAGCAUCCUCCCUUCAGGCUCCCUCCGAUUGGCUGAGCCCAGGGUGACUGACAGCGGCCUUUAUACCUGCAUGGCAAUGAACCCAGCUGGGAACACCUCGCUGAGCUACCACCUGGAAGUCCAAGUGCCUCCUCGCAUUCAGCCAGGCCCCAAGGUUCUGAAGGUGCUAGUGGGUCACACGCUGGACCUGCCCUGCCUGGCUCACGGCAAUCCAGUCCCCAAGCUCCGAUGGACCAAAGAUGGCAGCCCGCUGAGGGUGGGCGACCAGGAUUUCCUAGAGGGGCCUGAUGGGGCCAUCAGCAUCCUGGACGUGCGGGUCUCUGAUGCAGGGUGGUACCGGUGCGUUGCGGCCAGCAGCGCUGGAGACGAUGCCAUUGAGCUUGUGGUGGAGGUGCUGGAGCCCCCCCACCUGAACGACAGUGCAGAUGUCCUGCUAGAACGAGUACUGCAUGAGAAUGUCACUCUUCCCUGUGCAGUGAAAGAGUCACAAACGGGACCAAAUAAACCAUUAGGGCAACUUGUGUCCCCUCCAGAGCCCCCCCACCUGAACGACAGUGCAGAUGUCCUGCUAGAACGAGUACUGCAUGAGAAUGUCACUCUUCCCUGUGCAGUGAAAGGCGUGCCGAAGCCGUCUGUCCUGUGGCUGAAGAAUUCUGCCGAGCUCUUGGGCAGCUUCCCACGUCCCUUGGUGCUGGAGGAGGGCUCCUUGGUGAUCGUCUCCGUGCUGCCCAGCGAUAGUGGAGACUACACGUGCUGGGCAACCAACGAGGCCGGCUCUGUGCAGCGGAGAGUCAAGCUUGUGGUUUAUGCACCCCCUGAGCUGAGAGGUGGUGGCCCUCAGAGGAAUGUUUCCAUCCUGGCCGGCCAGCCCCUGACGCUGGACUGUGAUGUUUCUGGCAUCCCAGCUCCUACUGUCACAUGGUACAAGGAUGGGCAGUUGCUCACAGAGGGUGGCAGCCUCCGCUUCCUCAGUGGAGCACAGUCCGUCCAGUUCCACAAGGUGCGGCAGGAGGACUCAGGGUCCUACGCCUGCAGAGCUGUGAACAGGGUCGGUGAGGCCCAACGACACUUCCACAUCCUCGUUCUUGUCUCGCCCGUGGUGUAUGGAUUGGGGUCGCCCCCCGACGUGUCAGUGCUGGUGGGCUCUGAGGUGGAGCUGCAGUGUCGGAGCACGGGCGUGCCACCUCCCCAGGUGGAGUGGAUGAAGGAUGGCCAGCCUCUUGACCUGCUGGACUCUCGGAUCCAGCUCCUGGAGCAGGGACAGGUGUUGAGGAUCCAGGGCAGCCAGCUGGAAGACCAAGGGAGGUACCAGUGCCUAGCCUUCAACCAGGCUGGCCAGCAAACCAAGACUUUCCAGUUGCAUAUUUACACACCACCCACCAUCCUGGGGUCCAGCGAAAGGGCAGAAGUCGUGGCCCUGCUCAACCACCCCAUCGGGCUCCAGUGCGAGGCUCGGGGCUCACCGGCUCCCAGCAUCACCUGGUUCAAAGACAAGCGCCCCAUCGUCUCCAGCGCCCGGGCAGCGUACACCAGUGGGGGGCGGGGCCUGCAGCUCGGCCAGGCCCAGCUGUCUGAUGCGGGGCUCUACACCUGCCGGGCCACCAACCCUGCGGGGGUGGCAGAGAAGGCUGUGAGGCUGGCGGUGUAUGUGCCACCGGAUAUUGACGGCAACAGCCAAGCAGGCCAAACUGUGGAGGCAGCAGUGGGCCAGCUGUUGGCGUUGGAGUGUUCAGCCAGCGGCCAGCCCCCACCUGCCCUCUCCUGGCUCAAAGACGGCCUCCCGUUGGCCGAAAGCAACGGGACACAGCUCCUGGGAGGCGGUGCGGUGCUGAGAAUCGAGAGUGUCUCCGAGGGCUCAGGAGGGAGCUAUACCUGCUUAGCUAGCAGCCCAGCAGGGCAGAAGGCGAGCCACUAUUGGGUGGUCGUUCGGGCUCCUCCCCAGCUGCUGAUUGGCGAAGGGGAAGGUCAUGUGAUAGCAAUGGUGAAUGACUCCCUGAGGAUUCCCUGCCAUGCCACUGGCUUCCCUGCUCCCGCGGUCCAGUGGCUGAAGAAUGGCCAGCCAAUCGGCGAGCUGGAUGGGGUGGUGAAGGCAGAGGACGGAAGGGAGCUUUGGAUUCCCCAGGUGGGGCUCCGCCAUGAAGGGCUCUAUGCCUGCGAAGCCAGCAGCGAGGUGGGCGGAGCCAGAGCUGAGGUGCAGGUGUCCGUGCAAGAGCGCCCGUCGGUCAGCGUCGUGGGCGGAGAGGAGGUCAGCGUUGCCUUUCGUCACUCGGUGGAGGUUCAGUGCCUGGCCACCGGUGUCCCGGUGCCCAGCCUCAGCUGGUGGAAGGAUGGGAUUGCUCUCCAGGCAACAGGCAGCCUUCUGCAGAUCACAAAGGUGGACGUGGCGGACGAAGGGGUUUACUCGUGUGUGGCGACGAACCCUGCGGGGGAGGGGAGGCGAGACAUCACGGUGAAGGUGCUGGUGCCUCCGAACAUUGAACCUGGAGAGGUGAACCAGACCGUCCCUGAGAACUUCCCGGCAUCCUUUGAGUGCCUGGCCUCUGGAAUGCCCACUCCGAAAGUGUCCUGGUACAAGGGGCCCCAGCUUCUCUCAGCCAGUCCAGGCCUCGUCCUGUUGGGUGAUGGGAGGCGCCUGCGGAUCGAGCGGGCUCAGGUCUCAGAUGCAGGGAGCUAUCGCUGCGUGGCAUCCAGUGUGGCGGGCAGCAGCCAGCUCCAUUACAGUCUGCAGGUGACUGUGCCUCCCCGGAUCACCUCUGGCCCCAGCUUUGUCACUGCCGUGCCGAGCGAGCGGGUGGAGCUGGCGUGCAAAGCUACAGGGAUCCCUGCCCCCACGCUGGUGUGGCUGAAAGACGGCAAUCCUGUUUCCAGCGCGGCGCCCAGGGAACUGCAGAUCCUGUCUGGUGGACGCAUCCUCUCCCUGCCCAGCGUGCACACCUCGGACUCGGGGACGUACUCUUGUGUGGCCAUCAGUGCUGUGGGAGAGGAUAGGUGGGAUGCUGUCCUGCAGGUGCAAGCGCCCUCAAAUGGCCUUGGUGAGGAGCGGAAUAUGUCAGUCGUCGUCAACCGGACUGUGACCCUGGAAUGCCAGAGCCGUUCCGCCCCCUCUCCUGUGCUCCAGUGGCUGAAAGACGGGCACCCUCUCCCGCAGGACCCCAGAGCUCGACUCUCUGCAGAUGGGGCCAUUCUCCAGAUAGAGCACGCUCAGGCGCACGACGCGGGGAGAUACACGUGUGAGGUGCUGAGCCGCUUGGGCCGGUCAGCGAAGCACUACAACCUCAACGUCUGGGGUAAGAGCUCUGCACCCCACCAGCCAAGUGUUCUCCAGACAUGGGAGGGGGACAAAGAUCCCCUGCAGGGAUGUGAAGAUUCGCUGGCCCCAUGCCCCAGUGUUGCUGUCUGUGAGCAUUCCUCCCUAUUAACCAAACAGCAGAGUACAGCCACCUCUUACAAGGGCCAGGAAAACACCUUGCCCCUCAGCCUGUCCUGCGAGUGCAGUGGGAUCCCCUUCCCCACCCUGACCUGGGAGAAGGAUGGUACACCCCUGCCCCUGGACCUCGGGCGUCCCGCACCUAUCUCCGCAGGAGGGAGGCUGCUGUACAUUGAGAAGGUGCAGAUGGCAGAUGAGGGAUCUUACACCUGUGAGUGCAGCAAUGUGGCUGGCAGCAGCAGAAGGGAACACCGGCUGGAGGUGGAUGUUCUGCCUGUGAUCAAAGGCAGCGGUGAAGCCCCAAAGAAGGUUUCUGUGACCAAGGCCAGUGAGAUUACACUAGAAUGCGAAGCCACAGGAUCGCCACUGCCAACAGUCACAUGGGUGAAAGAUGGGCAGCCAGUGUUGAACGGGGAAGAGUUUCUUCUUAAGGACAAGGGGUGGAAGCUGCAUAUUCAGAGGGCACAGGUCAGCCAUGCAGGCCGCUACAGCUGUCUGGCGGCGAAUGCAGUUGGACAGGCGGAGAAGAAGUUUGAGCUUGCUGUGCAUGUUCCCCCUGAGCUUGUUAGGGGAGCAGGGCCAGUGACCAACAUCACUGUCUCUUUGCAUGGCGCCCUGACUCUCAUCUGUGAGGCUUCAGGCAUCCCAUCCCCAACGGUCAGCUGGUCCCGAGAGAACUCUCCCAUCAUCUCUGGCGAGCGCACACGCCUGCUUUCAGGUGGAUGGAUUCUGAGGCUAACGCGCAUACGAGCGCAAGAUGGAGGCCUCUAUUCCUGCAUAGUGAGCAAUGUCGCUGGGGAAGCUAGGAAGGAUUUCAAUGUGGAGGUCGUAGGUCCUCCCAGCAUCGAGAACGCGGGUGAGGAAGAUAGAGUUGAAGUGCCCGAGGGUCAGUCUGUCAGCUGGUCCUGCAUAGCAAGAGGCAAUCCCAAACCAGAGAUUACUUGGUUAAAAGACGGCAGCCCUGUGCUUAGCAGAGACGGCUAUGACAUAUCCCCGGACAGAUCUGUCUUGCAGAUAAACCAAACCACCCUUUCCAACGCAGGCCGCUAUUCCUGCGUGGCCUCCAAUGCCGUGGCUGAUAGAACCAAACACUAUCAGCUCAGUGUUCUAGUCAGUCCCACGUUUCCUGGAGCGAGCCACCAGAGUGCCACGGACGAUGUUACCGUAGUGAUCAAUAGCCCAGUGUCCCUGCCCUGUGGGGCACUGACCCAUCCUUCCUCCACCGUCACCUGGCUGAAGGACGAGGUUCCCUUCCAAGCAUCCACAAAUGUCCGGUUGCUCUCUGGUGGCAGGGGGCUCCAGAUUCUGAAUGUCCAGGAAGAGGAUGCUGGCAGGUACACCUGUGUCGUCACCAGUGAGCUCGGGGAGGCAGUGACGAGCUAUGAAGUGAGGGUCCUUGUUCCUCCUUGGAUUGCUAAAGAUGAUUCCUUGGGGGAAUCUGGCGUGAAGGAGGUGAAAACCAAGGUCAACAACACCCUGACACUAGAAUGUGAGUCCUGGGCUGUGCCUGAGCCGACCAUACAGUGGUACAAGGAUGGGCAGCCCCUGGAGAGUGACAGCCGUCUACAAGUUCUCAGCGAUGGGCAGCUUCUUCGGAUCAGACCCACCCGUGUCUCGGAUGCAGGGCGCUACACCUGCCUUGCCGCCAACCCAGUGGGUGAAGAUGAUAAGGACUUCAGGGUGCACAUUCAAGUGCCCCCCAUGUUCCAGAAGCAGGGAAAUCCCAACACGGCCUUCCAGACCCGCUACCAGGAGGAAGACCAGGAUAGAAAAGUGAUGGAGCACCGGGAGGUGACCAUCAACAGCCCGGCCUCCCUGUAUUGUGACACGAAUGCCAUCCCACCCCCGAAAUUCACCUGGUACAAAGAUGGAGAGCCCCUCUCUGCUGCGGAGAGGGUUUUAGUAUUGUUAGGUGGACGUAUCCUACAGAUCCCUGCGGUCAGGGCCGAGGAUGCUGGGAGAUACACGUGCCAGGCAGCCAAUGAGGCAGGAGAGGACUGGCUUCACUACGAGCUGCUAGUUCUGUCUGCCCCCCUAAUCCAUGGGAACAAGGAGGAGUCGGUAGAAGGGGUGACAGUGGCUGCAAACAGCACGGCCCAGCUGAAAUGCGAAGUCACCGGAGACCCAGUGCCUGCAAUUACCUGGCUCCACAAUGACUUGCCUUUCACUAUUAGCCCUCGGCACCAGCUUCUGGAGGGUGGCAGGCUCCUGCAGGUGGCGUCAGUAGAGGUGGCUGACGCUGGCAGCUACGUGUGUGUGGCGGAGAAUCAGGAGGGCUCUGCAGAAAAGCGCUUUGUUCUCACAGUUCAAGUCCCCCCAGCCAUCAAGAACCCGCAUGAGGAGACAAUCCACGGAGCCAUGGGGAGCCUCCUUGUUCUGAACUGCGAGGCGGUCGGUGUUCCUCCUCCUUCCAUCACCUGGCUGAAAGACGGGGCGUUGCUUGAGAGCAGCAUGGAGCAGGGAGUGGUGUCCCGGGGCGGCCAGCUACAGCUAGCCCCCCGGUACACCUGCCUGGUGCAGAGCCUUGAGGCACAGGCGCGCAAGGAGUUCACCGUCUCGGUGCAUGUGGCACCCAGAAUCCUCAGUGCAGACACCCCCAGUGAACGCAGCGUCCUGGAGGGCACCAGGGUGGCUCUGGAGUGUGAAGUGGAAGGGCAGCCAGCGCCGGACGUCACGUGGCUGAAGGAUGGGAGACCACUGGAACUGCCUGCUCCCCCUCGCCUCCGGCUGUCUCCUGACGGCAGCUCCUUGCUCCUCGAGGGCCUGCAGGCGUCCGACUCAGGGGCAUACACCUGUCUGGCUCAGAACAGGGCGGGAGAGGACUCCAAGCUCCAUGUGUUGAACGUCCUGGUUCCCCCUACUAUCGAGAGAGGUGCCAACGACUCUGAGGUCAUCCGCAGUGUCCCCUUGAGGCUGGUUACCAUGGAGUGCCAAGCCCGGGGGUCCCCUCCCUUGCAGAUCAGCUGGCUGAGGGACGGACUGCCCCUCCCUCUCUCCCACCGGGUCAGGCUGCUUUCUGCAGGACGCCUCCUCAGGAUCUCUCUCGUGCAGGACACAGACACUGGAAUCUACACCUGCGUUGCAGCCAGCCGGGCGGGAGUCGCAGAGCGAAGCUUCGUCCUACAGAUCCAGGCACCUCCCACCCUGGAGCCCUCGGAGAGCAGCGAGGCCGUGACCGCAAAGACCAACUCCUCUGUGACCUUCAGCUGUGCAGCCAGUGGGUCGCCGCUGCCCAUGCUGACCUGGCUGAAGGAUGGCGAGCCCCUGACUCUGCAAAACAACCUGGUGCCCAACAGCCCAGGCACGAAGCUUCACCUGGAGUCGGUGCAGCCUGCCGAUUCAGGGGUCUACUCCUGUGUUGCUGAGAACGAGGCUGGGGGAGUGAGCAAGCACUUCCACCUCUCUGUCAUGGAGCCCGCGCGCCUGGCGGAUUUGGCCCCGCCCACGGAGAUCGCUGCCGCCAUUGGCGCGCCCUGUGUCCCUGCAGCGCCUGCUACCGCGCAGCACUCCGGCGAGACGCGCCCUGUCCCAGCGCUGGCUGGCAGGCAGCUCACCCUGGAGUGCCCUGUGGACACUGACCCGCCGCCCCGCAUCGAGUGGCGCCGAGGGGGGUCCCUGCUGCAGGAGGAUGCCCGCGUGCGAUUUCGGGCCCAGGGGCGCUUCCUUCAGAUCCAGGCUGUGGGAGCGCCUGACGGCGGAGAAUACAGCUGCACGGCCAGCAGCGCGCUGGGGAGAACCAGCCUGCGCUUCCAUGUGGAGAUCCACACUGUCCCUGUGAUAAAGCCAGGCCCCUUGGCUGUGAGUGCCACUGUGAAUGAGUCAGCUCUGCUGCCCUGCAAGUCCGAGGGACUGCCCACACCGCAGAUCACAUGGAGAAAGGAUGGCCGGCUCCUGCUGCCGGCCGGGAGCCUCAGGUUGGAGCUGCUGUCGGACGGCUCUCUGCGAAUAGACCCAGUUCAGGUCCAGGACGCAGGGUAUUACCUCUGCGUGGCGUCUAGCCCUGCUGGGUCUGACCGACGGGCCCUGGACCUCCGAGUCUUAGUCCUCCCUGCCAUUGCUCCGGGGCCCUCCAACCUCACCCUGACGGCCCUCAGCCCGGCCUCGCUCACUUGCGAAGCUACUGGCCUCCCCAAGCCUCACGUGACCUGGAAGAAAGAUGGAGAGCCCCUGGACGUGGACCUCCCGCAGAGCCCAUACAGGUUACUGCCCUCUGGCUCCCUGCUGAUUGCCAGCCCCGGCCUCCAGGACUCGGCGCAGUUCGAGUGCAUCGUGAGGAACCCGGUGGGAGAGGCUCGCCGGCUCCUGACCCUGGCUGUGCAGGCCCCUCCCACGGUGGCAGACGACCGCACGGAUUUCACGGCCACCCGCAUGGCCCCGGCCAUUCUGACCUGCUACGCCUCUGGGGUGCCAGCACCAGCUGUGGCCUGGAGCAAAGAUGGAGCCCAGCUGGGAAAGCGAGGCAGCGGCUACCGCCUCUUGCCAACAGGUAUCAGAAACACCAGCCCACGAAUGGGGGUGCACCCCGGGCCCUCCACCUGCACGGCCAGCAACGCCGCCGGCGUGGCACACAAGCACGUCCUACUGACGGUGCAAGAGCCCCCCGCCGUGCAGCCCCUGCCCAGCUUGGUGCAGGUGAGGGUCAAUGCUGCUGUGGUUUUGCCCUGCGAGGCCUCUGGGCUCCCGCGCCCCGUGAUCACAUGGCAGAAGGAAGGGAUCAACAUACCAGCAGGAGCCGGUUUCAAGAUGCUCCCCAAUGGGCAUCUGCAUCUGUCCCGGGCCUCUGUGCAGGACGCUGGGGUUUAUCUGUGUGUGGCUCAGAACCCCGCAGGCACCGCGCUGGGGAAGACCAGACUGAUCGUGCAAGUGCCGCCAGUCAUUGAGGCUGGCCAGCUGGAGCUGUCCAUCCUGGAGGGCUUGCCUGUUCUCCUGCCUUGUGCAGCGCGGGGAGUCCCUGAACCCAGAGUCACCUGGUCCAAAGAUGGGGUCCCAGUGCCGGGGAUGGAGGGGAAGUUCACCUUGCUGCCAUCUGGGGGGCUGAUGGUGAAGGACUCCCAGGGAGGGGAUUCCGGGACGUACACCUGCACUGCAGAAAACUCUGCCGGGAAAGCCAGGGUGCAGCUCCAGCUCUCCGUCCACAUCCCUCCCACCUUCACAGAGCUGCCAAGGGACCAGACGCUGAACAGGGGCGAGAGGAUGAGGCUUGGCUGCGUCGCUAAGGGGAACCCAAUGCCCCACAUCACCUGGCUGCUCAACAAUAAACCGGUCAGAGCGGGCGUCUGGGAGCGGAACGGGCAAAGCAUGCUGCAGAGGGAGGCUGUCACCCAGGAGGACAGCGGCACCUACUCCUGCGUGGCCGAGAACGGCGUGGGCAGCGUCAAGGCCGUGGCAUUCAUCUAUGUGAAAGGUGCCGGGACAGGGGCUCCAGUCCUGCGGGGCGAAGUGAGGGCCUACCAGGUGGAGCCCCUCGGGGGCAACGCCCUCCUGAACUGCGAUGCCUACAGCGAGCCUGCUCCGCUCAUCCACUGGAAUAAAAACGGGCGCCCCCUGCUGGGCAGCCCCCGCCUACACCAGCUCCAGAAUGGCUCACUGGCCAUCUACGGGACGGUGCACGACGACGCGGGACGUUACAAGUGCAUGGCGGAGAACGAGCUGGGCGUGGUGGAGAAGGAGAUCACCCUCGCCCUGCAGAGUGCCCCUGUGUUCAGCGUGACGCCUCAAGACAUGACUGUGAGUGCUGGGGAGGAGGUGAUGCUGCACUGCCAGGCUACGGGAGAGCCAGCUCCCACAGUGGAGUGGAUCAGAGAAACAAAACCCCUCCAGGAGAACCACCGAGUCCAGGUCCUGGCCAACGCCACGCUGCUGAUCAGCGCCGUGGAGGGGACGGACGCGGGGCGGUACGAGUGUGUUGCACGCAAUCCGAUGGGAUCCUCUGUCAUCCGGGCCUUCCUGACAGUGCGAGGAGAGCCCAUCAGAGUCCGGGGCAGUCUGAUCGGCAUCAUCAACGACCAAGAAUUUGGCAUUGCCUCUCUGAAUGCCAGCGUGACGGAGGAUCCCCGGUCUGGCCUGGCCACCCUGCGGAGCAGCAUCGGGAAUAUCCCACCAGCUGUCGGGCCGCUGCUGAGAGUCCUGGUCCCUGUCAUGGCUCCAAUCUACUGGUCCUUUGCACGGCAGAGCGGCGGGGCCAGGAACGGCCUCUCGCUGACGGGCGGUGUCUUCCGGCAGGAGUCCCAAGUGGAGUUUGCCACAGGGGAGCGUCUCCGGAUCGCACACGUUGCCCGCGCGGCGCUUCUCUUCGACGCCGUGGUCAAUGGGUUCGUGCCGGAGAGCGUCGCUGAUGCGGACGUGCUUUUCCAGGAUUUCAGCGAGCGCCACGUGCAGACGGGGGCCGGGCAGCUGCACGUGGAGUCUGUGCAGAGCUUCCUGCAGGACGGGCUCCCGGUUCAGAUCCGCUGGAACCACAGCAUCGAGUACGCCGCCGCCCGGGGCUGGCAGCCCUUCCCGGUGCAGCGCCCCCAGGCCAGGGCCAUCAAAUCCUCCUUCCCCCCAGCCAUGCAGGAGCUGCUCUUCCAGCUCAGCUCCUCCCUCCAUGCAGAUCUGGACGAGUGCGCCAAGGGAACCCACGCGUGUCGCUACAACCAGGUCUGUGAGAGCACCCUCGGCGGGCACCGCUGCAUGUGUCCCCGCGGCUACAGGACCCAGGGCACCGGCCGACCCUGCUUGGACAUAAACGAAUGCCAGCGGGUGCCCCCGCCAUGCGCUUUCCAGUGCCACAACCUCCAGGGCAGUUACAAAUGCCUGUGCCCGCCGGGGGAGGGGGUCCGGAGGCGGACCCCCCCCAGCCGAUGGCCGGGGGAAGGCUCUUACACCCGGCUCUCCUUCAGCCAGCCUGGUAACGCCCUGAGCCCUGGCAUCCGGGCCCCGUGCCCGGCGGGAUUCACCAGGCGGAAUGGACUUUGCACUGACCUUGACGAGUGUCGGGUGCGGACCCUGUGCCAGCACGAGUGCAGGAACACCGAGGGCAGCUACCAGUGCUUGUGCCCUGCCGGCUACCGGCUGCUGCCUUCUCCUCUCUCCUCUGCAGACAUAGACGAAUGCGCCGAGGGGAGGGUUCACUGCAGCCCAGACCAGCUGUGCUUUAACACGCGGGGCGGCUCCCAGUGCCUGGAUGCGCCCUGCCCUGCCGGCUACAGGAGAGGCGCCAGCCCAGGAGUGUGCUUCCGCCGCAGCUCUGGAGGCCCCUUCACCCUGCAGUACGAGCUUCUCACGCUGCCCUUUGGCAUCCCGGCCGGGCACGAUGUUGUCCAGCUCACCGCCUCCUCCCGAGGGAGCCUCCUGCAGAACCGCACCGUCUUCACGCUGCUGGAAAAGGACCCGGGCAGCCCCUUCACCCUCCGGGAUGAGAGAGGCCAGGGCGUCCUCUCCACGCUGCGCCCGCUCCACGCCGCCGGCAUCUAUCGGCUGAAGGUGCAGGCCCUGGCCCAUGGCAAGCAGCGGGCAUGGAGUGUGUUCAUCAUCCUCGUUUCCGUCUCACCCUACCCCUACUAAUGGCAGCCAGGGGGCGCUGGGAUGGGCAGGGGAGGUGGGGAAGUGCUGAUCCUAUGCCCCAAACCCUGCCAGACAGUGUCUCCUUCCACUUCUGCUCCUGGGGCCAUCUCCCGGCAGGCGCACUCAGCUCAUCUGAGAGGAGCUUCUCCCUUUGCUCCGUCCUAUGUGUGCGCUUGGGAUGCCCAGGGCCUGUUGCCUGCCCUCAGCUCCGUGCCCCGCUGGAGGGCCCCUCUGGUUCCUGUACAGCACCCCUCCUUUGGCUCCCAGCCAGGGUUGCCAGCCCUGCAGGAUUGUCCCGGAGUCUCCAGGAAUUAAAGAUUAACCCUUCAUUUAAAGGUUAUGUCAUGUGAUGAACCCUCCAGCAAUACAUCCCACCAAAGCUGGCCCCCUUCUCCCAGCCCAGUGGCGUAAUCCCUUGGUGAGCUCAAUUGCACUGACCCGUGGGACCAGGGCCAAGACAGUUUGAGGCCCCCAAACACUGACCUCCCGUUGACUGGACUUAGCCCCCAUCGCUUCACCUCCUAGCUCAGCAGAGGAGUGUGUGCUCAGGCUCUGCCAUUGGGAGAUGAGGGGUGUAAACAUCAGAUGCUACUGGCACUUGUCUCUUGCAACACGUGGCUGUCCUUGGGCCUGGUAUCACAUGCAGCUUUUGAGCAAACAGAGCUGCUUGCAAUCAGAGCUGAGAUACUGAGAGCCCGGCCGGGGAAGCUGCCAGGCGGCUGUUAGGUCUUGGCUCUCAGGAGAAGCCUGUGACUCGCCUGAGAGAUGCUGGAGAUACGAGGCCAUAACUCUUCAGUUUGCAUUGGGGUAGCAGCUAGACCCCGUCUGAGAUUGCAGCCCCGUUGCUCAAGGGUGGGAGAGGAAACGGAGGCCCCAAGAGGUCGCCAGCAAGUCAGUGCCCAAAAUCAGGCAGAGAACCUAAGUCCCCACCCGGUGCGCGCUCAGGCUCCUCGAACAGCUGUGGCCCUGCCAACAUGCAGACUGCUGCUUCCAGCAUGCACUGUACCGUCUAGGGGGCUGGCCAAACGGGUCAAACAGCUGCUCCUAGGGGAGUGUGACGGCUAAAUAGCCUGUCACAGCGCUGGGGGAUGCAGAGGGUGAAAAAGCCCAGCUGAUGUGGCAGGGCUGGGAAGGGAGUCGCGGGGCUAAAGGGUGUAUCGCUCACCGCAUAUGGAAAGGUUAUUGGGUCCCUUGUGCUCGGUCUUUUAUUAUAAUGAAAUUAUCAUACUGGUUUCUCUGCCAACUUAUUUAUUUCUGGUUUUGUACCAAAUAAAGGUGAUUUUGUGAGUAAAACAA